AUCGCUAAAUGGUCACAGCUCAAACCGGACCAAUGUCCACGCGAGAAUAAAUCUAUCACAACGCUCCGGUAUUCCUCUUCCCCUCCCCGCUGGGCAAAAUGGAGGACUUCCGCUCUUCUUGGGCUCUAUAUAUGGGAGGCUUCGCCGCUGAUCUGUGAUGCUGCGCCGGCUGCGCCAAUCUCUCCGGCAGCUCUUGGUUCUGAUGGCACAGAGACCCCAGCUGUUUUGCGGGGCAAUAGUUCUGAGCAUCCUUUUGAUACUAGCAAUCAAGUUCACCUGCAGCCGAGCAAGGGAGGUGGUGGCCCCCCCCCGGCCCCCCCAGAGGUUUUUCUCCCCUGCGGCCCCCGUGGUUGACCUGUACCUGGGCCAGCUGGACCAGGUGGAGCGUCUCCGCGCCCUGGCAGAGGUGUCCCUUGUCUUCUUCUACGCUCCCUGGUGCGCACACUCUACCUCCGCCAGACAGGAAGUGCAGGAGGUAGCCUGGCGUCUGUCGAGGCAGGUGCAGUUCCUGGCGGUCAACUGCUGGUGGAGCCAGGGCAAGUGUCGCAAGCAGAAGGCCUUUUAUCACUACCCUGUCAUCCAUCUGUUCUACAGGAGGUUCGGUCCUAUAGAGUACAAAGGUCCAUUGAAGGCUUCAUACGUAGAGAGCUUCAUCCUGCGGGUCAUCACCCCCCUCACCUACCUUCCCUCACGUGCCACUCUGCUCCACUUCCUGUCCCACCACCAGCCUGGUGUUGUAGGUUUCUUCCAGUUCAGCUCAUCUCCUCAGCCACGUGGAUACCUCGUCUACCUCUCCUCCGCUCUCCAGGCUCUCAAGAGGGACUUCCGAGGAGCCGUGCGUUUUGGCGUGGUGACGAGUCGUCAGGUUGCGGAUGCCAUCUCUGUCAGCGAGGACCAGACCGUCUACCUGCACCGACACCUCAACUCCUCCCUAAUCUUUCCUCACUGGGAGCGAGGCUUCUCGUCAGAGGCCAUCUGCAGCUGGGUGUUCCAGCACCGUGAGACAGUCCUCCGAUGGCUGCAGCCUCCCGCCCCAAAGUCCCGCCUCCUGGAGCAGGAGCUGACCAAAGGCCCUGCCCUCCUGCUCUUCCUGCCCCACAACCCACUGCGGCACGACCCUGACCCCCUCCUGAUGCAGGUAGCUGACAUUGCCAUGCGCUACCAUUCCUGCCCCUCUAGAUGGGGACAUGGUCUGUCCCAGCAGCCCCACUCCUGCUGCCACUCAUUGGUCCUGCCCAGGCCCGGCCACGCCCCCAGAGUGUGUGACCUGUGCCUUGUCCAAUCACAGCGCUCCAACCACGCUCGCUCCUCUCCCUGCACUCUGAGAUUUGCUGCAACAAAGUCCCUCGUCGUGGUGACGGUGGAGGCUUGUAGUCAUGUGCUGAGCAGCUACAGUGACUUUGGGCUGUACAGUGCCUGUUUCCGGGGGUUACGACCCCGUGUUGACCCCGGCGUGACCCUGAAGCAGGGGACUGUCCCCCCGGCCCUUCUAGAGGACUGCCCCUCCUCUCAGGAAGGGGGAGGGAUCACAGGCCUGCUGUGUCGGACCAAUAAGACGCUGCGUUUUUACGUGCUGGACUCCGCCCUUCACUGGCCAUUGGCUGUGAGGCUUGGGGCGCUAGUCAAUGGCAGCGGUCAUGAGACGGAGGCUGGGUUGCUAGGCGCAAGGGGCGGGCCACCAUUUGCCACCAUCGUCAGCCUGAAGGAGGAAGUUCACUACGUCCUGGACCACGGAGGGUCCACCUCCCUCACACAGAGCCUGGAGGACUUCAUCAGGAACUACAGCGCCCCCUACAGCCCUCUCCAGAGACAGCUGGUGGGUGAGGGAGGGGCCGGGGUCAGCCCCACCCCUGGAGAUCAUGCCCCCCCCAACCAGGACCGCCCCCUCAUAAUGGAGCUUACCACCACCACCUUCCUCCCAGCCAUCAUGGACCCACACAAGGAUGUGCUCCUGUUCUACUACACCCAGUGGUGUGGCUUCUGCUCCUCCAUCAACCACAUCAUCAUCCAGCUGGCUCGCCUGCUGCAGACACACACCUCCGUCACCAUCGCCAGGGUGAAUGUGGCGAGGAAUGACCUGCCAUGGGAGUUCAUGGUGGAUCACAUCCCCUCUGUACUGCUGCUGCCCAGACACAGGAAACACCUGAGCGUCAAGUUCCCAGAGGACACGCCCCUCACCCUCCCCUCCCUGCUCCGCUUCAUCCUGAAGCACACCGGCCCCCCCCCCUCCCCUCGCCAGCCAAUCAGAGCUCCUGGCUCCCUCCGCAGCGAGAUCCAGGAGCUGCAUCGGGCCCGGCAGCGUCUGGCCAAUCAGCUGGCUGCGUUGUGGCACGAGAACCGGAGACUGGCGCUCCACACUGCCGCCCUGGAGGAGGAGGGGAAGGAGGAGGAGGGGAAGGAGGAGGGGGAGGAGGACCGCCACUCUGUUGUCCAAUGA